AUGUCGCGUCAUAAAAUGAGAUGCAUAGGGAAACCUUACGGACAGCCUGGACAGCCUGGACAGCCUGAAACUAGUUAUGCAAAGGACUAUAAGGAGUUGUUGCCAGAUCUUGACGCAAUCUUGUUUGACAUCUUAUUAUAUAUUGAUCUGCUUACGCGCAUCAUGUCUUUGUCUUUCUUUUACCUACAUAUACCCAGAGUUCGACAGCACCAGCUGGAGCCAGAUAGACUUAUUUCGUGCCGGCAAAAAGGCCAAGAUUUGUGGUCCGGUAGAAUAAAAAUGUCGGCCCUCACCAAGAAAUGCCAUCCCCCUAAACUUAGGGUACACGCUGUCCAGGCUGUCCUGCCAUGCUGUCCAACUCGUUGUGGCCACAACUUAUACAACAGCAAAAGACUUGGGUUGCCAAAAUGA